AAAAAUACGCGGAUUUCCCUCAGUUUCACUUCACAAUCCGGGAUAUUAUAAGAGGUAAAAUGCCCUGAGAGACGUACAGCUGCUCUGGAGACGGUGGGCGGUUUCGUGCGUAAAUCCUCGGGCAGCAGGUGGAUGAGAGGCUGCCGCGAUGGAGCACAUGGACUCCAAAUUCUCCCCUAAAGGACUCUUUAAACACCACGGACUUUACAUGAAGGGGACGUUUUAAAAUCUAAGUGAAAAUCCAUUGUGCUGCUCUGUCUCUCUACAUGUGAAGCUUGUGGUUCCUCAUUAAGGAAAAUCCCCCGAGCCUCAAAACCCUGAGACCCCAAAGUGUCACCAGUCUUAUCGUAGACCUUGAAGUCAUUUCACCCUCAUUGUAUGGUUAAAUAAACACUUUAAAGCAAGUGGAACCUCAAGCCCAAUUAUAUCCACCUUCUCCAAGCUCCUUUGUGCACAAUCACGCCUUAUUGUUGGCCUUCUUUACACACUUUGACCCCCUUUGAUAGCCUAAAACCCCUCUCAGCUACCAUGGCUUUGGAUCAGUGGACCUUUCUCCCGACUCCCCCCAACAUCUCCUUCCCCGAACCCCUCCUUUACGACAGCUACAUCCAGGGGAACGAGUCCGAAUUGGCAAUGAACGUCACAAAGACCAGAGAGCACCCCCAGGACAAAACCAGCUCUGUGGUCAUCACCCUUAUCUACUUCAUCGUGUGUGCCGUGGGGCUUUGUGGAAACACCCUGGUUAUUUACGUGAUUCUACGAUACGCCAAGAUGAAAACGGUCACGAACAUCUACAUCCUGAACCUGGCGGUGGCGGACGUUCUGUGCAUGAUGAGUCUGCCGUUCAUCGCCAUGCAGCUGACGCUCGUUCACUGGCCCUUUGGAGAGGUGCUGUGCAAAGGCAUCAUGACUGUUGGUAAACUCUCAUGAACCAGUUCACCAGCAUCUUUCUGUCUGAUGGUGAUGAGCAUCGACGCUAUUUGGCCGUGGUUCACCCCAUCAGGGUCCACAAAAUGGCGUAAACCCCGCGUGGCGAAGCUGAUUAACAUCACGGUGUGGGGCGUUUCCUUGUUAACGAUCCUGCCCACGUUGAUCUUCAGCGGACUCAACGACGAGCCAGUGUGUGGGAUCGUGUGGCCGGAGCUCAGGAGGUUUACUCCACCACCCUUCAUCAUCUACACCUUCUUCUUCGGAUUCUUCCUCCCUCUGGUCGUCAUCUGUAUGUGCUACCUGCUCAUUAUAGUCAAGGCCACUGACAGUUUAUUUCUCCACCAGGUGAAGUCCUCUGGGAUGCGUGUUGGCUCCACAAAGCGAAAGCGAUCCGAGCGCAAAGUGACCCGCAUGGUGUCCAUCGUAGUGGCCGUUUUCGUCUUCUGUUGGUUGCCUUUCUACGUGUUCAACGUGGCGUCCGUCGCCAGCAACAUACCCACCUCCUUCGUGAAGAGCACCUUCGACUUCGUGGUGGUGCUAGGCUACGCUAACAGCUGCGCUAACCCCAUCCUGUACGCCUUCCUGUCGGACAACUUCAAGAAGAGCUUUCAGAAUGUCCUGUGCAUUAAGAAAGUCGCCGGUUUGGACGAAAUCGAGCGAAGUGACAGCAGGGCGGAUAGGAGCAGAAUGGCUAACGACGCCGCGAUUAUAAACGCCAAUUUGGAGACUCAUAACGCUGCGUUGCUGAAUGGCGAGCUGCAGACAACCAUUUAAAAGAAGAAAGACACAUCCAGGGAGACUUAAUGUUGGUUUUUCCAGAUGAAUGGGCUGACAAUUCUCCAUUUGUUGAGCUCUGUUCAAAAGGUGUGUAGGAGGAGGAUUAUGUCAUCGCUGCUGCUGCUCAUGGACAUAUGAACAAAGUCUAAGUGAAAAACAAACAAUGUCUUAAGGGGGUUUCAGAGGUCAGGGAAAGUACACUGACUCCAGCUUGAUAUGCGGGUUAAUGAAGCAUCUUUGUCUGGUGUGUGGAGAGAAACAAAUGCAUCUCAACUGAAGUGAUUCUGCAGCACAGCAGGGGAGAGUAAUGUUGAAACAAACACGAUAUAUAGCAAUUUGCUCGCUUGAGAUUUCGAAUAAGUUGUCAGGAGUCAUGCGGACGGACCUCGAUCGAAAGAAGAUGGUGAAAUACUAAAGGUUACGGUGUAAACAUUGCUCUUCUUGAUGGAGUGUUUUGAGAUCUUUGCGGGGCGGCCAUUGAUUUAUCUGAAAGUGGAGAUACAGGCGAAGAAAUCUGACAAAUAUUUCAGUGGAAAAACAGCCGACACUGUAAUCCCAGAGAGAGACGGAAACAACAAGACGCAACAGAUUCAUGCUUUCAUGUUUUAUUCAUACCGGCUGAUUAGCCCUUUCCUGAAUGAUCAACGGGGGAACAAAAUGGCAAAGACCUUUUCCAACAAGACAUUUUAUUAAUGAGAAGUGAAGGAUGUUCUCUCUGCAGGAGAAGCUGCAUUGAUCCGUACACUCUCAAAUCCAACAUCGUGGAUUAUUGAUUAAAGCGCAAGGAAGGGGAAACAUCCUGGCAGCCGCUGUGACCUUGUUCUCUUUAGAAACAGCUUGACUUUGUAUAUAUAUUAAAAAAAAAUGAUUUUCUGUCAACCCUGAGGGGGAAAGAUCCAAAAAUGAAUUUGAACUCAUUUCCUGCUGGAUGCUUAAAAUGCAUCAAGGACAGCUUGACAACUUUGUGAAACCCCUCAUGUGAACUUUAUACUUCACUGUGUCCUGCUUUUAACAUCCGUUUUACCAGCGCUGCCAUUGUAAAGAGGCCAUAUCUACUUGUAAAGUGCUGUGUUUUGGCUAUUUAAGAUGUUCAUGUCAGCUUUAAAUGUGGUUCAGCCAGCACAUGGUUG